ACCAUUAGUCAUCCAUCGUGUGUGUGAGUGCUAUGUAAGUUUUUCUACCUGAUUAUUGACAAAUAAUACAAAAGACGCAGUUUGCAAACCAGUUCAGCAUUGAAUAUCGCGAAAGCACAUUUUUUCGAGAAAAGUUACUAUUUCAUCAAAAACUAGAACAAUGAAGUUUGUCUAUAAAGAGGAGCAUCCCUUCGAGAAGCGGAAGCAGGAAGGUGAUAAAAUACGUCGCAAGUAUCCGGACCGUGUACCCGUCAUCGUCGAAAAGGCCCCCAAGGCACGGAUCGGCGAUUUGGACAAGAAGAAGUAUCUGGUUCCAUCGGAUCUGACGGUGGGACAGUUCUACUUCCUGAUUCGCAAGCGAAUCCACCUGAGACCGGAGGAUGCUUUAUUCUUCUUUGUCAAUAAUGUCAUUCCACCCACGUCUGCCACCAUGGGAUCGCUGUAUCAGGAGCACCACGAAGAGGACUUUUUCUUAUAUGUCGCAUAUUCGGACGAGAAUGUUUAUGGAAGUCAGUAAAAAUGUAGUGAAACUAUAGUUUAGAAUGUGAGUUCUGCUAGUUCAUUUCUGGAAUUAAUUUUCAAUAACCAAUACCAGACGUGUUUGGUAUUGGCACAAAAAUGGCGUAGUAUCUAAAUGUGUUGUAUCAGAUUGCAGUGUUAGUCAUUUUUUAUGCCAAUAAGUGACGAAAAACUUAGCAGGACAUGUUUUCCAGCUUGUUUAUUAUGAAUAUUAGUUUAAGUGCUAUCAAUACAAUUUAUGGUUGCAGAUAAUAAAAUAUCGCUUGUAUUGGGUUAAAAA